GUUACUGGGUAUGUUGUUUUGCUACGGUGGUGCAAGAGACAAACGUAAUAUUGGCAAAUUCCUAGUCAAAGCUGAAUGAAAUUCCCAUGCCAUACUCACUCCUCUCUCUAUCUCUCUUCCUUGGUUCUCCAAUCUUAUUCGCUUGUCUCUCCUCUCCAUAGCAAUAUCCAAAGCGCUACCCCCACCCUACCCCGCUUCUCUCUCUCUCUCUCUCUCUCUCUCUCUCUCUCUCUCUCUCUCUCUCUUUGUCUCUCUUUGUGCCACAGUGUUGCUCUCUCUACUCAGUGUAGUCAGGUUGAGUGGUAAGAGGGGGAAUGUAUAGUGGAAACGAUGGGUUUUACAGAGUGUGGGGAGAUGAGAUUGUGAGGUUUUUUUUAGGAAGAAGAGUGCGGAGCAAGAGUGUGUGUGUGUGUGAGUGAGUGUGUGUGAAUGUCCGUGGGGGUGAGCUUCUCUUGUGUCACAUUCCAGCUUCCAGGGCUCGACCCCUGCCUGCUGAGAGAGACGGACCUGGAAAACUUUGGAAAAUCGUUCUUGGAAAACUGUGAUUGGAAAAACUCUUAAAGUCUUUUAAAACCGUCCCUGUAUAUCUUUGUGACUUCAAACUGUUGCUGGGAAAAUAUUAAUCUGUAGGAGUGACUCCCUCACUGCUGCUGUUGUUUUUGGGUCUCUGGGCUUUGGAUAGUGGUCUCACUGGAGCCACGCUGACGCACUCCGGAUUACUACGGCUCAAAAACAGGAGGAGUGGAGGGAAGAGGAGAGGAGAGGAGGGGAGAGAACAUGGAACUUCAAACGUGUUUCAUUGGAAUGGAUUUAUAAUCUGGAUCAUGGAUAUUGACAGAGAAGACUGCUGUCCUGUUCUCAGCUGAGGGGACCAGUGCAUAUUUCAUAGAAGACAGAAGAGAGAACCCAGUUCAGACUUUAUGGAAGGGGGUAGCCAGAAGUUUUUUUCCAUAGAACCAUACAGAAUUAAAGAUCACAGUCAGCUGAGUUUGACUUAUACACAGACAAUACCAGCCUAGACCUCUCUCAGGCCAGAGAGAGACAGUUAGUGACAUCAUCAUGAAUGCCCCGCCCACAGGAAGCCCCAGCCCAAAUAUGGAGGUGAAGGUGGUCUCCCAGGAGAUGGCUUUGUUUAGCAAUGCCCUGGCGGCCUACACCUUCAUAGCAGCCCAGCCUGAACGAGCAGCUCUGGUGUUUGUUAGUGGUGUGUGUCUGGGUCUCCUCCUCACCCUCUGUGCCCUCGUGGUCCAGAUACACUGCCGCACCGACUGUCACUACAAUAACCGACGACGACAUCACCAUCAGCAUAGCAACAGGCAUCACCAUGGGGACCAUCACUGUCACCACCAUAACCAACCUGGCAACCCUAACACAAGCAAUCCUGGCAUAACCACAGAGACGAGCGAAGACAGCGAAUCAGUGGACUGGGACGACGGGACUUCUGACCUAUCGGCUCGACGACGGAGACGCUUUGAGAGAACGCUGCUGCACACCAGCGUGUUCACAUCCGCAGAAGAGUUGGAGCGAGCUCAGAGGGUUGAGGAGAGAGAGAGGAUCAUACGAGAGAUCUGGAUGAACGGACAUCCUGACAUCAACACUGUCACACGCAGCCUCAACAGAUACUACUGACAAGGACAGAGACCAGAGGGGAAACGAGAGACAGAGAGAGAUGGAUAGACAGACAAACAGAAAAAUAAAGGAUAGUGAUAUGAUGCACUUUUAGACAAGGUAGCAUUGACAGGCUGGUGAAGCCCAGCUGUGGACAGGACUGUUAGCCAGGGAAAGGAUGAGGGGAGGGGACAAUGACACUGGGCCACAGAACCAUGGGUGUGUCAGACAUAACACCAGACUUAUGUCACGGCGAGAUAUGAACCCGGGUCCCCCGCAGGAGAAACCAACAUCUUGACCAUUAGACCAAGAGGAAAUUACCAAGAGCCCCCAUGACCCGACUCAGGUCCACUACAGUUAUGCCAACCCACGGCUUUUAGAUCUGUGAUGGGGCGGGAGCAAGUGCACACUUCACACUAGAGGAGAGAAGUGUGGAAUGAGAAUGCAGCCUGAUUGUGGCCCAGGAUGAUUCCUCUGGGGUCAGCCCCCUCCUAAUACUGAGGUGGAUGUUGUCACCAACCUGUGAGCACACUGUGCUGUUCCUGAUACCAUCCCCAUCACCGUUGACAAAGGCCCACAAUUCACCUCUGUGGAAUACUCUGAUUUCCUGGAUGAACAUUACACACUACGUUGUACCUGACUGGCACGGUCAUACACAGCACUGUUCACUACCAGGACAAGGACCACAGAGAAAACCUGUGAACUAAAAUGUCAAGUUUGCCUUCACUCAAUCUUAAUGUAUAUUUAAUUGAU